AUGAACUUACUGGUCAGCGUUACUCUGAUAGUGCUGCUGUUGGAGAAGUUGUACUGCGCACCGAUUAUCUCUGAGGAUGACAGCUCAAAAUAUAUUGAAACUGUGGAAACCGAUAGCUGGAACUAUACAUUAGGUGGGCACAUAAACUUAGGUGGUAAAGCAGGCUUUGACAAGGGACAAGUAAUCCUUAGAACUGAGAAUGACAUUGGUACCGACAUCGGAGGUCAUAAAACUAAGCGUAGAAAGCACACACGUCCACCAACACCUUCAAAUAGUUCCGACACCCAGAAUGGCCAUAUGCCAUGGUCAUCAUAUAGCCAACCAUCUGGGCCAUAUUACAGUCCACCAAUCAAUCAAUUUUACGGUCAACCAUUCGGACAAUAUUACGGUCAACCAGUUGGGCCUAUAUAUUAUCAACCAUUUGGGCCGCAGUUCGGCCAACCUCAGACACCUUGGACAAAUUAUGGACUUCAGUACCGUCAGCCAGCCGGUUCUCAAUACGGACAACCAAACGUACCACAAUACGAACCGAUGUAUGGUCAACCAACCGGACCACAAUACGGACCGCAGUAUGGUCAACGAACCGGACAGCAGUAUGGCCCACCAGCCGGACCUCAGUAUGGACAACCAACCGGACCUCAGUAUAGUCAACCAACCGCACCGCAAUACGGACAACCAACCGGACCGCAAUACGGACAACCAAACGUACCGCACUACGGACGACCAAACGGACAUCAGUAUAGUCAACCAGCCGGACAGCAGUAUGGCCAACCAGCCGGACCUCAGUAUGGACAACCAAACGGACUGUAUGGUCAACCUUAUCAACCAGUAGCCGGAUCUCAGAGUAGUUUGGCGUCUGCAGGACAGACUGGCCAAGCGCCGUCAGGACGGCUGAACCCUGCGACCGAAGAGCAGUUCCUAUGAUCCAGCACGCCAACACCAUGAAGUGGACAACAAUUGGCCAUACCUGGAAGCUAUUCAUGUUAAUAAAAAGAAGAUUAAACACAAUAUUAUUAUUUUUA